AAAUUAGGAGAUAAAAAGCAUAACAUAAACACGAUGACAAGGAGGACAUUGAGAACAUUACGACCAUAACAACGGCGAUUCUAUGCUUGCAGGGCCGGGCAUUGUAGUUGUACUUGCCGAGACAACAAACAGUGAUUAGGGGAGCUCGAGCAUGGCGCUCUCUCACCGCUCGAGCUCUGCAGAAAAAUUAUCCUUGUUGCCAGUUUUCACUAUCCUACUAUUUUAGUCAAAGAAGAAGGAAGAAGAGGACGAAGAAAUAACACUACCUACUUCUUGUUGUCGUUGUCGUUGUUGUUGUUGUACAGGAUGUGUCUCUUCCGUACGGAUUUCGGUUCUUUGGGUUUAAUUGCUGAUUUGUUCGCUAAAAGAUUUUCUUUGUAAUGAUACACGGUUUGAGGACAUGGAGAGGGUUCCACAAUCAAGGGCACUUACUGGGAAGGUGUCAAUUACUGGUGAGCUCUCGAAUGCGCAUAUGACCGCAGUAAGAGAAUUUGGUCAGAUAUCAAACGUGCGUGGGGUAGUUCAGCUGUCAAACAUGCGGGAGUUACCAUAUGCACAUACAGUCUCAGUAAGAGAAUUGAGUCAGUUAUCCAAUGUACGUAUGGUUUCUGUAAAAGACGUGGGUCAGAUGCCAAAUGUGCGUAUGGUUUUGGUAAGGGAAGAUGUGGGCAGAUCUGAUGCAAGAGACUAUCAAGAUUUAGACUUGCAUGCACCAGUAAGAACAUGGAAAGGAAAAACAUAUUUGGCUGAACAUGAAGAACUUAUGCCUGACGCCAUUACGAUUAAGGCCAGUGAGAAUUCGUUUGAGGAAGGUGGUCCAAGCUCAUUUUCUGGUGCUAGUCAUCCCCCUGAACCUGUUGAUACGGAUCUAAUGAGAACAGUUUACGUACCAAUAGGUCAAAACAAGCAUGACGCUGGAUGCUUAAUGAAGAGCAUGUCUAUGAAGGGUCCUUUUCUAGAAGACCUUUCAAUCCAGGUUCCACCCAAGAAACCAAGCCCAUCCGUUCUUUCACCUACUGAAAGUUUGGUUGAAGAACCGAAUGACAUGGGUGCAUUGCCUUCACCAUUUUCAGUUCCUCGUCCAUCACAAAAUACAGGAAACUCUCUCCUUCCUUUUGAGUCGGAGGAGAAGGAAUGUGUUUGGGAUGCUUCUUUGCCUCCAAGCGGCAAUGUAAGCCCGCAUAGUCGUAUUGAUAGUACUGGUGUUGUGACGGCUAUGAGCAUUGUCAAUAGCUGUGCCAGUACAUAUCGGAGUGAUGCAAUCACCAGUGAUGGAGCGCUUAUUGUGGAGAGGAGCUGUGAGAGUACAAAAGGGAGUGUUAGACGGGAUGUGCUUGCAAGUGCAAAAACUAGUGUUAGUCGAGCAAGUGAUAGCAGUGGCCUUAGUGAUGAUAGCAAUUGGAGCAACAUUACUGGGAGUGCUAAUAAACCUCACAAAGGAGAUGAUCCUAGGUGGAAGGCUAUUCUUGCCAUCCGGGCAAGGGACGGAAUUUUGGGCAUGAGUCAUUUUAAAUUGUUUAAGCGACUUGGUUGUGGUGAUAUUGGCAGUGUGUAUCUCUCAGAGCUGAGUGGAACUCGCUGUUAUUUUGCAAUGAAAGUAAUGGACAAGGCAUCCCUUGCGAGUAGGAAGAAACUGACUAGGGCUCAAGCAGAAAGGGAGAUUUUACAGCUGCUGGACCAUCCAUUUCUUCCAACUUUAUAUACACAUUUUGAGACUGACAGAUUCUCCUGUUUAGUCAUGGAAUACUGUCCUGGGGGUGAUCUGCACACUUUGAGGCAACGGCAACCAGGGAAACAUUUCUCCGAGUAUGCUGCACGAUUUUAUGCUGCUGAGGUUCUCUUGGCCCUCGAGUAUCUUCACAUGCUUGGAGUUGUCUAUAGGGACUUAAAACCUGAAAAUGUGCUGGUUCGUGAUGAUGGCCAUAUAAUGCUUUCAGACUUUGACCUUUCCCUAAGAUGUGCCGUCUCACCAACCCUGAUAAAAACUUCAUUUGAUUCUGACCCUUCAAAACGGGCAUUCUGUGUCCAGCCUGCCUGUAUUGAGCCUUCUUCAGUAUGCAUACAGCCUGCCUGUUUUAUUCCACGAAUCUUCCCUCAAAAAAGCAAGAAGAAGACCAGAAGACCUCGAGCUGAGCCUGGGUUGCCAGCCAGAACACUUCCAGAGCUUGUUGCUGAGCCUACUGCAGCACGAUCUAUGUCUUUCGUUGGAACCCAUGAAUACCUAGCCCCAGAAAUUAUCAAGGCAGAAGGCCAUGGCAGUGCAGUUGAUUGGUGGACAUUUGGCAUUUUCUUGCAUGAAUUAUUGUAUGGUAAAACCCCAUUCAAAGGAUCGGGAAACCGUGCCACACUGUUUAAUGUGGUGGGGCAGCAGCUCAAAUUCCCAGACUCACCAUCAACCAGUUAUGCAAGCCGGGAUCUCAUCCGGGGCUUGCUGGUUAAGGAGCCACAGCACCGGCUUGGGGUGAAGAGGGGUGCGACUGAGAUCAAGCAGCACCCCUUCUUUGAAGGUGUUAAUUGGGCUCUGAUACGAUGUAGCACACCGCCAGAAGUGCCAAGACCAGUGGAAACCGAACUUCCUGGGAAGUUCGGAGCUGUAGAUAGAGUUGGGGUUGGUGGCAACAGUAAAAGGAUGGUAGGGACAGACAUGAAAUCUGGGGGUAAGUAUCUGGACUUCGAGUUCUUCUAGUUUUAAAAUACAGGAUUGACACUGUUGUAUUAGUAUCAUCAGUUAAUCCAAAAUGAAGUGUUGGAAUAAAGGUUUACACUCAGAGUUGAGAGUUUGAAACUGCUGCCAUUGACUAUGCCAAAAUGAGGAAAAUGUGAGCAAGUUAAUGCCAGCUAGUACAAAUAUUGCUUGUACAAAUAAUGAUUAUGAGUACUUCCAUUA